GUAAGAUGGAUGCGGUCACAGACAGCAUGUCGAAGCGUCAAUAACACGUCUUUUUAAGUGAAACAACCUCACCCAGGGCUUUAAUUAACUAAUCGUUGUGAUAAUAACAAAAAGACCCAACUGGCACCAGACCGCUUGUAACGUGCAAACAGUUCGGACAUGUCUGUACUGGGAGGUUUACUGGGAGCUGGAGCCUCCCUCUGUCGGUCUGCUAGGACUCUGCUGCACACAGUCAGGACCAUCUCUACUGGUACCUGCUGCCAGAUCCGGAUGCAUGCCAUCCCACAGCUGAAAACGGUGGACAGGUGGACUGAGAAAAGGAGCAUGUUUGGGGUUUAUGAUAACAUAGGAAUCCUGGGGGAUUUUAAAGCUCAUCCCAAAGACCUCAUUAUGGCCCCCUCCUGGCUGAAGGCUUUCAAAGGUAAUGAACUACAGCGUCUAAUCAGGAAGAAGAAGAUGGUGGGAGACAGAAUGAUGACUCUGGAAAGACACAACUUGGAGAAGAGGAUACGCUUCCUCUACAGACGUUUCAACCGCACCGGCAAACACCGCUAACAUCACACAAAAUGUAUUGGCAAAUACAUCAGACCAGCCAAUAAGGACUGUUGGAGUCUAAUAAUGUGAUCUCAUGCUGUCAUUGUGUAUAAUGCCUUUUUUUCUAAGUUAUAUGGAAGAAGAAAACAUGUUUAGAAAUAGCAUACAUCAUGCACCAACUUUUAUUGCCCCAUUGACAACUGAUUUUCCUGAUCAACAUAAACAACAUGUUAUAAAAGCCUGAAAAUACA